AUGCCGAAAUUGAUACGAGGUCUGGAAUGGCCGGAUAUGCACAUGGAGAGGUACGCACACUUGUCGAGAUGCAGUAUAUCCAGUAUAUGCAAUCUAUACUUUGCAAACCCAUGUGGUGGAUCGAUAUCACAAACCAGCAUAUUGUGGAGCAAUGGAGGACAGACUCACUCGAUCGGAAUAUAUCACCAUCAACAUUUAAUCUUGCAUUGGAACAACUUGGGGUUUUUGUCAAGCAGCUUGUUUGUAAUGGCAGUGAUGGAUUGGGCACAAUUGUCCCAGGACCUGUUGAACUGA